UUCCUUCUAAGCUUUGCUUAAAGUUUCAGCCAACCCCUCUCUCUCUCUCUCUCUCUCUCUCUCUCUCUUAGGGUUUUCUACUGUCACUGAAACCCAUUUUCUUUCUAACGCCCUCCUUCGUUUCCACUUCAUUUCUCUUCAAAUCUCUCUCAAUCACUUCACAUUUCAGUGCUCUCUCUCAUUGGCUUCUUAUGUCAGAUUCAGAUACCUAGGAAACAAACAGGGGUGGUGGCUGUGAGUUCACAAAAAAAUGGCGUCCAGAAGCGGCUCGGAUCAGCCGCAGCCGCAGCCGCAGCAGCGGCGGAUCACGCGGACACAGACGGCAGGGAAUCUUGGCGAGUCGAUUUUCGACAGUGAGGUGGUGCCGUCGUCGCUGGUGGAGAUCGCUCCGAUCCUCCGUGUGGCUAAUGAAGUCGAAUCUAGCCAUCCUAGAGUUGCUUAUCUAUGUCGAUUUUAUGCCUUUGAGAAGGCUCACAGGUUGGAUCCCACCUCUAGUGGACGUGGUGUCCGUCAGUUUAAAACUGCACUUCUACAACGUCUAGAAAGGGAGAAUGAUCCAACAUUAAUGGGAAGGGUAAAAAAAAGUGAUGCGCGUGAAAUGCAGAGUUUUUAUCAGCAUUACUACAAAAAAUAUAUCCAGGCUUUACAAAAUGCUGCCGAUAAAGCUGAUCGGGCACAGCUCACAAAAGCAUAUCAGACCGCUAAUGUUCUAUUUGAGGUUUUGAAAGCUGUUAAUCAUACUCAAGCUAUUGAAGUUGAUCGUGAGAUUUUAGAAGCUCAAAAUCAAGUUGCAGAGAAGACAGAGAUUUAUGUCCCUUACAAUAUUCUUCCUCUUGAUCCUGAUAGUGCAAAUCAGGCAAUUAUGAGAUAUCCAGAGAUUCAAGCUGCUGUUUAUGCUCUUCGUAACACAAGGGGUCUUCCAUGGCCACGGGAUUACAAGAAGAAAAACGAUGAAGACAUUCUAGACUGGCUACAGGCAAUGUUUGGAUUUCAGAAGGAUAAUGUUGCCAAUCAAAGGGAGCAUCUGAUUUUAUUACUUGCAAAUGUGCACAUACGGCAGUUUCCUAAGCCUGAUCAACAACCCAAGUUGGAUGAACGCGCACUGACAGAAGUGAUGAAGAAACUGUUUAAGAAUUACAAAAAAUGGUGCAAGUACUUGGAUCGGAAAAGCAGUCUUUGGCUACCAACUAUACAACAGGAAGUGCAACAGCGCAAACUAUUGUACAUGGGCUUAUAUCUUCUUAUUUGGGGAGAAGCUGCAAACUUAAGAUUCAUGCCAGAAUGCCUGUCAUAUAUUUAUCAUCAUAUGGCAUUUGAGCUGUAUGGUAUGCUGGCUGGGAAUGUCAGUCCCAUGACAGGUGAACAUGUGAAACCAGCCUAUGGAGGUGAAGAAGAGGCUUUCUUAAAGAAAGUGGUUACUCCUAUCUAUGAAGUGAUCGCAAAGGAAGCUGAUAGGAGCAAAAGGGGAAAAUCUAAGCAUUCCCAAUGGAGGAACUAUGAUGAUUUAAAUGAAUACUUCUGGUCGGUUGAUUGCUUCCGACUAGGUUGGCCAAUGCGUGCAGAUGCUGAUUUCUUUUAUCUGCCGAUAGAAGAGACCCAUAACGAAAGAAAUGGGGAUGGCAAACCAACUGCCAGAGAUCGCUGGAUGGGAAAAGUUAAUUUUGUUGAGAUACGUUCCUUUUGGCAUAUUUUCAGAAGCUUUGAUAGAAUGUGGAGUUUCUUCAUUUUGUGCUUACAGGCUAUGAUAAUUGUUGCUUGGAAUGGUUCGGGGGAACCAAGUUCAAUCUUUAGUGGUGAUGUUUUCAAGAAAGUACUGAGCGUCUUUAUAACUGCUGCAAUACUGAAGCUUGGGCAAGCUGUCCUUGAUGUAAUCCUCAGUUGGAAAGCAAGGGAAAGCAUGUCAUUCUAUGUUAAGCUAAGAUACAUUUUAAAGGUUGUCUUGGCUGCUGCAUGGGUGAUAAUUCUGCCAGUCACUUAUGCUUACACUUGGGAGAAUCCUCCUGGAUUUGCUCAAACCAUUAAAAGUUGGUUUGGCAACAGUUCACAUUCGCCUUCCUUGUUUAUUUUGGCUGUUGUGGUAUACUUGUCACCAAACAUGCUAGCUGCUGUAUUGUUUCUUUUUCCCUUCAUUCGCCGUUUCCUUGAAAGAUCGAACUAUAAAAUUGUGAUGCUCAUGAUGUGGUGGUCGCAGCCUCGACUUUACGUUGGGAGGGGAAUGCAUGAGAGUACAUUUUCUCUUUUCAAGUACACAAUGUUUUGGGUUCUUCUUAUUAUAACGAAGUUGGCAUUCAGUUACUAUAUAGAGAUAAAGCCUCUAGUGGGUCCAACAAAAGCUAUCAUGAGUGUCAAGAUAACUAAUUUCCAGUGGCAUGAAUUUUUUCCUCGUGCAAAGAACAAUAUUGGUGUUGUUGUUGCUCUCUGGGCUCCAAUCAUACUUGUCUAUUUUAUGGAUACCCAAAUCUGGUAUGCUAUAUUCUCAACAUUGUUUGGAGGUAUAUACGGUGCAUUUCGUCGUCUUGGGGAGAUACGAACUUUAGGAAUGCUAAGAUCUCGAUUUCAAUCAUUGCCUCGUGCUUUUAAUGACUGUUUAAUUCCAGAAGAAAAGAGUGAGCCAAAAAAGAAAGGACUAAAAGCCACUUUUUCUCGUAACUUUGCCCAGAUACCAUUUAACAAAGAGAAAGAGGCUGCAAGAUUUGCUCAGUUGUGGAACAAAAUUAUCACUAGUUUUAGAGAAGAAGAUCUUAUAAGCAAUAGGGAAAUGGACUUAUUGCUUGUUCCUUAUUGGGCUGACCGUGAUUUGGAACUUAUGCAGUGGCCUCCAUUUUUACUUGCUAGCAAGAUUCCAAUAGCAUUGGACAUGGCUAAGGACAGUAAUGGUAAGGACAAAGAGCUGAGGAAGAGGAUUGAGAAUGAUAACUACAUGUCUUGUGCUGUUCAUGAGUGCUAUGCUUCAUUCAGGAACAUCAUCAAAUCCUUAGUUCGGGGAGACCGAGAGAAAGAGGUCAUAGAAUGUAUAUUCUCUGAGGUUGACAAACACAUAGAAGCAGGUGAUUUAAUAAGUGAAUUCAAGAUGAGCGCUCUUCCUAGCCUCUAUGAUCACUUUGUUAAGCUUAUCGGCUAUUUGUUAGAGAAUAAACAGGAGGACAGGGAUCAAGUUGUGAUUCUUUUCCAGGACAUGCUGGAGGUAGUAACAAGAGACAUAAUGAUGGAGGAUCAUGUAUCCAGUUUGGUAGACACUGGUGGACCUGGGUAUGAGGGGAUGACCUCCCUUGAACAACAUUCUCAGUUAUUUGCAUCUUCUGGAGCAAUUAAGUUUCCAAUUCUUCCUUCAUCUGAAGCUUGGAAGGAGAAGAUCAAAAGACUUUAUCUAUUGCUUACUGUAAAGGAGUCUGCAAUGGAUGUGCCGUCAAACUUGGAAGCUAGAAGGCGUAUUUCUUUCUUCUCGAAUUCUUUGUUCAUGGACAUGCCUAUUGCACCUAAAGUUCGCAAUAUGCUUUCCUUUUCUGUGUUGACUCCAUAUUACACAGAGGAGGUUCUCUUCUCUUUGCAUGAUUUGGAAGUGCCAAAUGAAGAUGGUGUUUCAAUCCUCUUUUACUUGCAAAAGAUUUUUCCAGAUGAAUGGAACAACUUUCUUGAGCGAAUGGGAUGCGAUAAUGAAGAAGAGCUUUUGGAACGUGAUAAAUUAGAAGACCUUCGCCUUUGGGCAUCAUACAGGGGUCAAACAUUGUCCAAAACUGUAAGAGGUAUGAUGUAUUAUCGGAAAGCUUUGGAGCUUCAGGCUUUCCUUGAUAUGGCCAAAGAUGAAGAUUUAAUGGAAGGGUAUAAGGCUAUUGAACUAAAUACGGAGGACCAUUCCAAGGGGGAAAGAACACUCUGGGCACAAUGUCAAGCUGUAGCUGAUAUGAAGUUCACUUAUGUGGUAUCUUGUCAGAAAUAUGGGAUUCACAAGCGUUCUGGUGAUCAUCGUGCACAGGACAUUUUGAAGCUUAUGACCACAUACCCUUCCCUCCGUGUGGCAUACAUUGAUGAGGUUGAAGAACCUAGCAAGGACAGAAAAAAGAUCAAUCAGAAGGCUUACUAUUCUGUUCUGGUGAAGGCUGCUCCACCAAACAUUAAUUCUUCAGAGCCGGUGCAAAAUUUAGACCAGAUUAUUUAUAAAAUAAAACUUCCUGGACCUGCUAUCCUUGGUGAGGGAAAACCAGAAAAUCAGAAUCAUGCUAUUAUUUUCACUCGCGGAGAAGGCUUGCAAGCAAUAGAUAUGAACCAGGACAACUACAUGGAAGAAGCCUUAAAAAUGAGGAACUUGCUUCAAGAGUUUCUCACGAAGCACGAUGGUGUAAGAUUCCCUACAAUUCUUGGACUUAGGGAGCAUAUAUUUACUGGAAGUGUUUCUUCUCUUGCAUGGUUCAUGUCAAAUCAGGAGACCAGUUUUGUGACUAUUGGUCAGAGAUUGUUAGCCAACCCUCUGAAGGUUCGGUUCCACUAUGGGCAUCCAGAUGUGUUUGAUAGGCUGUUUCACCUGACUAGAGGAGGAAUCAGUAAAGCAUCCAAGAUUAUAAAUUUAAGUGAGGACAUAUUUGCAGGAUUCAAUUCCACACUUCGUGAAGGCAAUGUCACUCAUCAUGAAUAUAUACAAGUUGGAAAAGGGAGGGAUGUGGGCCUUAACCAGAUUUCUAUGUUUGAGGCAAAGAUAGCUAAUGGCAAUGGAGAACAGACAUUAAGCCGUGAUAUCUACAGGCUUGGACACCGUUUUGACUUCUUCCGGAUGUUGUCGUGUUAUUUCACAACGAUUGGUUUUUACUUCAGUACCCUGAUAACAGUACUCACUGUAUAUGUAUUCCUAUAUGGCCGUCUUUAUCUUGUCCUUAGUGGACUUGAAGAAGGUUUAAGCAAUCAAGCAGCAUUUCGAGACAAUAAACCUUUGCAAGUGGCCCUUGCUUCUCAAUCAUUUGUCCAAAUUGGAUUUUUAAUGGCACUGCCUAUGUUGAUGGAAAUUGGCUUGGAGAGGGGGUUCCGAACUGCAUUAAGUGAAUUCAUACUGAUGCAAUUACAAUUGGCUCCAGUAUUUUUCACAUUUUCUCUUGGAACAAAGACCCACUAUUAUGGAAGGACAUUACUCCAUGGAGGUGCAAAAUAUAGACCUACAGGUAGAGGAUUCGUGGUGUUCCAUGCGAAGUUUGCUGAAAACUAUAGGCUCUAUUCUCGUAGUCAUUUUGUUAAGGGAAUUGAGCUGAUGAUUCUGCUUCUUGUUUACCAAAUUUUUGGACAUACUUAUAGAAGUGCAGUUGCUUAUGUCUUGAUCACUAUAUCAAUGUGGUUCAUGGUGGGAACCUGGCUUUUUGCUCCCUUCCUCUUCAAUCCUUCUGGGUUUGAGUGGCAGAAGAUUGUUGAUGAUUGGACUGAUUGGAAUAAGUGGGUAAGCAACCGAGGGGGAAUUGGUGUAACUGCAGAAAAAAGUUGGGAAUCAUGGUGGGAGGAGGAGCAAGAACAUCUUCGUCAUUCUGGAAAGCGUGGUAUCAUUGCUGAGAUAUUGUUAUCGUUAAGGUUCUUCAUCUAUCAAUAUGGGCUUGUUUAUCACCUGAACCUCACAAAGAAUACCAAAAGUUUUCUGGUCUAUGGCAUAUCAUGGCUGGUGAUCUGUAUAAUAUUGUUUGUGAUGAAGACUGUUUCUGUGGGACGGCGAAAAUUCAGUGCCGAUUUCCAACUCAUGUUCCGGCUAAUUAAAGGAUUGAUCUUCCUGACAUUUGUCUCCAUUCUGGUCACUCUGAUUGCGCUCCCCCAUAUGACCUUACAGGACAUCAUAGUCUGCAUUCUUGCGUUCAUGCCAACUGGUUGGGGAUUACUUCUGAUUGCACAAGCCUGCAAGCCUGUUGUUCAGCGAGCUGGGUUCUGGGGAUCGGUUCAAACACUUGCUCGUGGGUAUGAGAUCAUCAUGGGCUUGCUUCUAUUCACCCCAGUUGCAUUUCUGGCAUGGUUUCCCUUUGUUUCAGAGUUCCAAACCCGAAUGCUAUUCAACCAAGCGUUCAGCCGAGGUCUGCAGAUCUCUCGUAUUCUUGGUGGUCAUAGGAAGGAUCGGUCUUCUCGCAACAAAGAGUAAGGUAAAUGAGAGUAUGACUAAGUGUUCAUUUUGGUUUAAUGUUCGUAUGUACUAUUAUUGUGAGCUUGUUCAUAUCUAUUAUUGUAAGCUGUUGUAAUUAUAUGGAUUGAGAUAGGGCAGCAUUUUUGUUGGUUAGAAUUGACUGGGAAGUCCUGCCAGCUCUUUUCUGUACAUCUUAUUAAUUAAAGAUUAUAUCAUCUAUGAGUUCUUGCAAAUCA